UGUCUGCUACUGUGUGACAAAUAUGUACUGCGCGUACUGUUUGUUUUAUUUUAUUUUGUAAUAAAAUUCCCUGGUGACGUAUUUAUUUGUAAAGUAUCCUGUAGUAAUAUAAAAAGUGCGUUAAUGUAAUAAUCUUUCGAUAGAUUUGUGAAGUCUUUGUAGACUCAUCUUUUCGUAGUUGACUCAUUAAUUAAAGGAAUAUUAUUCGUUUUCAAGGCCGUAUCAAUAAUCGUAUUAUUAGAGAAGUAUUAUGAGAAACACUGAACAUAAUGGUAGAGGAUAAUGAGCGUGAAUAUGGACGAAGCGUGAAAAAGAAUGUUCUACUGAAAAUUGUGAUUUUGGGAGAUGGUGGAGUAGGAAAAUCAUGUUUAAUGAGCAGAUUCAUCUCAAAUCACUUUGACGAUCAUAAUUUUCAUACAAUCGGUGUAGAGUUUAUGAAUAAGACAACAGAAGUCAAUGGCACACAAUACACAUUACAGAUUUGGGACACGGCAGGUCAGGAAAGGUUCAAAUCGCUUCGUACGCCGUUCUACCGCGGCACCGACAUCUGCAUCUUGGCGUACGCGGUGGACGACCGCAGUUCCUUUCACAACAUCAAGAUGUGGCUCAAUGAGUUCUUACAUUAUGCUGGCGUUAAGAAUGGAAUCGAGAAGUUUCCAUUCAUUGUUGUGGGGAACAAGUCAGAUGUAUCAUCAAAAGACAGAGAAGUGACAUACGAUCAGUUGCGGCAGUGGUGCGAAGAUAAUAAAAUAGGCACAUACAUAGAAACCUCUGCUAAAACUGCCAGCAAUGUGGUGGAAGCGUUCUCCAUGGCCGUGCAAAGAUGGGCAGAUUUAGAGCAGAAAGCGGAGAAGGAACUGAGAAUGCUCCAUCAUCCUGACACGGUGACAUUACAGGGUGGUACCACAAUGUCAGGUCUGCGUGCCACAUGCUGCUCUCGCUUUAGCAAUGUAUGAGACAUGUAUGACAAACUGACAUGGAAUUAAAUAUUGACAUACAUAUAAAUACCAGUAUUGGUUCAAAUUCAGAUUUUUAAAAAUAGUAGAUAGUUUUUCACUGGUAAGGGAUAUCAAUUAAGUGAACAUCCUACUGUUUACAUAGCAAAAUGCAGCAGAUCUGUUUAUUAUAACUUCCGUCCUAACAAUGGCUUAAAUCAUCAGUUGAUCAAUAGAAAUAAUUAUUAAAAUAAGCUUAUAUAGCAUCUAUAAACAUUAAGUAUGCCUUAAAACUUUAAAAAUUUAGACAAA